CCAGUCUCCGCGCUGAACUGCCGUGUCUGGGGGCUCCAAACGCAGGCCUGCAGUUAGUGGCGCACCGCUCAAGCUUUUUACCCAGAUCCUCGUCAGAUCCAAUCGCAUUAUCAGGACCGUUGAAACCAUCCCACAGGUACCUCGGUAUCUGGACGAGCUGGCUAUCGCACAUUGAGGGCCGUGGAUGACAGGUCGGCUGCCGUCCGUGGCCCGUUGAAGAAUGGUCAUUUUUCUUUCUCCUUCUAUCUUCAAAUGGCUCCUGAAGUUGCCUCAGUUAACGGCGGAUUUUGGUAGACACCGGGCGAUCUUCGUUGCUUUUCGUCUCCUUGGGUGUGUCGUUCGUGACGGGCAAUACAUUUGACUAGAUUAGACGGGAACCGGAGCAGUCUGACACCUAGACCUCAUGGCCCUUGCAACUGCUGCAGCAGCCGCCGCGGGUGGUUGGGCCGCAGCGGCAUACCUCGACGCCAAGUUCAAUAUUCGGCAUGACAUCGACUCCCUCAGGAGGCUGAGAAAGGGCGCGAAAGAGUACGAGCGGCUUGUCAGGGAGGACAAGGUCUGCUUCUUCUAUGCCGUCGAAGAGCAGUGCAAAAAGAGCUGGAACAACCGCGCCAUCUGGUCGAGAGAAGGCGGCAUCUACACCUUUGGUCAGCUUUACGAGGAGACCCUCCGAUAUGCCCAGUGGUUGAUCGAGCAGGGCGUCAAGCCGGGAGAACUGGUGGCCAUGUACAUGGUCAAUUCGCCGCAGUUCUUUAUUACCUGGUUUGCAUGCGCGGCUGUCGGCGCGGCGCCGGCAUUCAUCAACUACAACCUCGAAGGCAAAGCGUUGAUGCACUGCUUGGAUGUGUGUGAGACAAGGUUGUUAAUUGUCGAUGAAGAUGCAGCCUGCCAAAGGAGGAUCAACCAGAGCCGGGCAGAUAUCGAAGCCAGGGGCACCAAAAUUGCCGUUCUCGACGGGACUUUAAAGCAGGAGAUCGCAAUGAAACCCGCAGAGAGACCCUCUGAUGACCUUCGCAAGGGCACAAAAGGCAGCUUCCCCUAUUGCCUUAUAUACACCAGUGGAACCACCGGUCUCCCCAAAGGCUGUGCCUUCACACUGCAACGGGUCUAUGCCAUGUGCGGUCACUUGUUGCCACUAUGCGGAGGUAUCCCCGGCAAGGAUCAGUGGUUCAAUUCCAUGCCGUUAUAUCACGGCACCGGGUCGAUCACAACCUCUUGCGCCCUCCUACAAGGCCUCGCCGUCGCCAUUGCACCGAAAUUCUCCGUCUCGCGGUUUUGGAACGACAUCCAUGACUCAGGGUCCACAUUCUUCGUCUAUGUAGGCGAAACGGCACGAUAUCUGCUCAAUGCGCCGCCUCACCCGCUGGAGCGGGCACACAAGCUCCGCUGUGCCUACGGUAAUGGCUUGAGACCCGACGUGUGGGAGAAAUUUCAAACACGCUUCAACGUCCCCGAAAUUGGCGAGUUCUUCAAUUCCACCGAAGGCAUGUUCAGUCUCCUGAACUACGACCGGGGACCAUACCUCCAAGGAUGUGUCGGCCAUCACGGCUUGAUUCUCCGAACGAUGCUGCGCAACGUCUACGUUCCGGUCAAGAUCGACCACGAAACGGGAGAUAUCUGGCGGGAUCCCAAGACAGGGUUCGCCAAACGAACUCCGUACGAAGAAGGCGGUGAGAUGCUGGUCGCCGUGCCGAGCAAAGAGGCAUUCCAGGGCUACUGGAGGUCUCAGGCUGCCACAGACAAGAAAUUCUGCACGAACGUAUUCAAGAAAGGGGACAUCUACUACCGUUCUGGAGACGCCCUGAGACGUGAACCGGACGGGCGAUGGCACUUCCUCGACCGCCUGGGCGACACGUUCCGCUGGAAAUCCGAGAACGUCUCCACGGCAGAGGUGGCCCUGACGAUAGGCCAGUACCCCGGCAUCGCCGAAGCCAACGUGUACGGCGUGCUGGUGCCGAACCACGAGGGCCGAGCAGGCUGCGCGGCCAUCCACCUGGAUCCCAACCACACGGGCCCGCCGGUCGACUACAACGACCUGCUGAAGUUCACCCGCGCGCGGCUGCCCCGGUACGCGGUGCCGGUGUUUCUGCGCAUCGUCAAGGCGAGCACGCACAUCCACAACCACAAGCAGAACAAGGUGCCGUUGCGCAAGGAAGGCGUCGACCCCAGCGCCAUCGGCAAGGAGGUGCCCGAGGGCAAGGACGACCUGUUGCUCUGGGUGACGCCCAAAGCGGACGAAUACGUGCCGUUUACGCCCCAAGAUUGGGAGAAGCUGGUCACCGGCCAGGCCAAGUUGUAACGACAGCCACCCAACAAAGCGAGCAGCACAGCAUCACUUUUUUUUUGCGAGGAGAGGACAGAGCCCAGUUCAUAAAAGACCUCCCAGAGUCCUGCAAGAAUUUUUGACACGCGGUUCCGAUUUGUGAUACUCGAUAGACUUUGCACACAUGUGACAGCACAAUACAUGGGCAUCUGAGGACGAGACGGUCUCUGCGUGGUGCAAUAGAACCCUCUUGGAUUGAAGUACAUCUCACAAUCCUCUCUUCCAGUCUACACAGACAAAGCGAGAAGACGCGGAGGGAUCUACGCAGGAAGAGCAAGAGGCAAAUAGACACGAGGAGAAACCGAUGUUGCAAGCGACGCUGAUCAAGGUGGUCGUAGAGUAUUGUAUCCUUUGGUACAUCAAUCUGCUUCUAUGUCUGAUGCUUC